AUGGGAAGAGGGGCCUUGUGCCAUUGGGUGGCAGGAGACCCCCCGGGCGCCCAGAUGGGGCAACCACGGAGGGCCUGUCUCCCUUCCUUUCCAGGGUCCAAGUCGCCCCACCACGCAGAAUUCCAGACGGAGUGUGAGAGCGCCAUCACCAGCCUCUCUCUGCACUGCGCUUGCGAGAGUGUCGAAAUCAUCAGUCUGUCCCGUUCGACGGCUCCCAUUACGACGGCCUGCAUCCAUGCUGAGUCUCGCCACGACUUCCGAAGCACCGAGGUGCUCGUGAUGACGAGCGAUGGCACUCCUUCAACUGGAACAGCACCGGCACAUCGGCGACGCGACUAA